GUGUUCAACUGUCGUCUCAUAGAUCAGGACCUGGCAUUGGGAUAUUGCACAAUUUUGCCUAAGGAAGAUAUGUUCAAUAAGCUGUGGGAUGUCAUAAACAAUACAUGGCAAAAUUACAGAAAAGUUCUGGCAGUGGCUCUGGUUGGAGAACAGCUUGCUAACCAAUGUGGUGAAGCAGAAGAAAAGAAAAAGUUCCAAGAAUUGGUUACUGAUGCAGAAUGGGGUAUCCAGCUUGGUAAACUUGGUAUUUCUUUCGAGACUGUAUUUAGACAGCCACCAAUAAGGAAGAAGGAACUCAUAAGAACGCUGGUACAAAAUCCAAAUGUGAACACGGAUCUCAUAUUGAAUUACUGCAGUACUUUCAUGCUGGACAGUGAUGCCGCACUGCAGCUUUGCAUUGAAACACUUCUUCUCCAGAAUGCUAAUACAAAUCAUGUUGAAGAUGACUCUGCAGAAUACAGUGAGAAGCAACCUCAUUCCACAUUACUGGCUAGAGCACUAGAAAUAAUUCCUCUACUGAAAAGCACGAAAGAUCUGGUCACUAGUCUCAGUGGAAUAUUGUACAAGCUUGAUCCUUAUGACUAUGAAACUAUUGAAAUUGUCCUGAAAGUGAUACAGAAUGCUGAUGAAAAGAACACCAGCAUCCAGCUGAAUCAAGCUUUGAGCCUCCUCAAGCAUCUGGCUUCUUAUAAAAGAAUUUCUCCACCUGUAGACCUGGAACACCAAUAUGUUUUAGAGCGUGUGAUUCCCUUAUCUCCAGCUGCUCAAACCAGACUGCCCUUCCAUCUGAUAUUCUUCAGAACUUCUCAGUGUUUCUGGAACAUUAUAUCUGCAGAGCUCAGUGAGGAAACCUUCCCAACACUUCUGUUGAUUUCCAAAUUAAUGAAGGUUUCACUGGAUACCUUACACAUGUCUGCGGCUCGACACGUCUUUGAAAAAAAAUUGAAACCAAAGAUAUUUGAAAUGAGAAGCGCUGGAUAUACGUCAGUUGUUAACAAGGAAACAACUAAAACUGUGCAGACAAUUCAGUCAUAUCUGCUGUCUAUAAUUAAUCCAGAGUGGGCUGUAGCUAUUGCUCACAAGAUUGCACAAGAGUUUCCAACAGGUCCUGAUCAGAUUCAGGCAUUGAAAUUCUGCCUCUAUCUAGCUGAGAAAUGGCUGAAGAAUACUACAGCUAAGGAUGAUUCACAUGAAAAAGCGGAAGUCUUACAGAAGAAAUUAUAUAUGCAGUAUAAGCGAUCAGCAACAGAAAAUGUUCUAAUAAGGUAUAACCUUAACACUAGAGAGCAUUUAAAGUCUAUUGGGAAGCCAGCCAAUCUCAUCAUUUUACUAUACGAACACCACAGUAUAGACCAAAGAAUCCAAAAUCCAACUGGCAGAGAUUACCCAGAUAUCCAUGCGGCAGCUAAGGAGAUAGCCGAAAUUAACGAUUUGGAUAUGAACAAAAUUUGGGAUAAACUGCUGGAUAAAUGGCUGUGUCCAAGUAUACUGCCCUCACAAAAAACUCAAGAAAUCUUUGGAGAUGUGCAGGAAGAUGAAGAACUCCAAAGAGUUAUUUAUCUACUUCAGUCACGCCCAAUGGAUUAUAGUUCAAGAAUGCUUUUUGCAAUUACAACAUCUGCCACAUCUCCAAUUGGUGUCACUCAGUUGACAUUUGCUCACAGGAACAGAGCACUGAAGUGUCUUCUCUACUUGGCAGACACCAACACUGUGGAAUCGCUCUUCAAGAAACCCAUUGAGAAAGUAAAGUAUUUUCUAAAAUGCUGCAUUUAUCUGGCAGAGUUUGAAAUCUUAAAUAUUCCAUAUACUUAUGAAUCGUUUCAUAAGUGUCCUAAGGAAGGAAUGAUUAAGGGGCUAUGGAAGAAUCACAGCCAUGAACCCACGGCUGUGAGACUGGUGACAGAACUUAGUCUAGAGUACAAAGUCUACGAUUCCCAGCUGUGGAAUGGUCUGCUACAGAAACUCCUGGGUUUCAGCAUGAUUCAAUAUCUAAGAAGAGUUUUGAUAGCAAUUACUGGGAUUCAUUCAUUAUGGGAGAUUCCCAACUUCAGUCGGGCCUGGCGAAGUGUUGUUCUGUCACCAUUUCUCACAGCUUCCUGUCCACCGAGUCCUAAACAGUUAGAGGAAUGCUGCGAGUGUUUUGUGAUUCUGCUCAAAUGUCCCGUUCUGGCUGACUUGGAUGUGAUAGGAAUAGCAAAACAAUACGCACAGCUGGACCUGCCAGCUUUUGCUUUGGGGUGUCUGCUACUGAUUCCUCAGUCUGAGAAGCGAGAGCAGCAAAUUCAGGGUUUCUUAUCGACAUGUAACACAGAAACCGUGCUGCAACAAAUAGAUGAACACAUGAACUCUGGGGAAGUAGUGGCGUUUGCUCCUCAGAUUAGAUCUCUGGUCUUGGACAGUAUCAUAAAGGAGAAGCUCUAUGAAAAAUUCUUGAAAACAAAGUAUUUUCCACUGUUGAAGCAACAACUGAUGAACACUCACCGAAUGAAAGAACUGGUGGAUUAUUUUGUCAAAAAGAAUUGCAUUGAUGAGGCAACUGCCCUAGUUCAAGAAUAUCAAGAGAAAUGUGGAAAUCCUAUCCUGGUAGAGAUAGCACCGUCUGAUCUUCUGAAGGUGUAUCUGAAUGGACCGGAGACCUGUGCACUAGAACUGUCAUCCGUAAGGUCUUGA